AGUAUGUUAACACUUUCAUUUAAAGUUAAAAUUCUACAUUGAACAAAAUUUUCGUCUGCAGUUUACCAGUAAUUAGCAGCCUGAAAUUAUACUGAAUUUGUGACUGAAGAAUGUCGAAGAAAAGACAUCUCCCUGAUUGGAUGGUCUUAUGCAAGAGUAGGAAGAUGGAGGAAAUGCAAGAAGAAGUGAAUAAAAAAAAUGAUGAAAAAGUGCAGAAAAGGAAGGAAGAUAUCAUUAAACAGAAAAACACAAAGUUUGAUAAAGCAUUACAAUCUGCAAAACAAAAAUUCAAAGAGGAAAAGAAAGAAGCAACUUCACAAGUAUUUGAUCAAAUAAUGAACGAACAGACAAAAGAAAUGAAGUUUGAAGGCAAACUAAUAUAUUCCUCUCAUACAAAUGAUUGUAACAUGCUAUGUGAAGAUAUUGAAAUGGCUCUGUGUGAUUUAACUGAGGCUUUUGUUGGAUUUGAUAUGGAAUGGCCAGUGUCAUAUAAAGUAGGAAAAGAAGAUAAGACAGCUCUAAUACAGAUAUGUACAGCUCCAGAUACUUGUUAUUUGUUCCAUAUAUCAUGCAUGGGUUGUAUACCUUCCAAUCUCAAAAGUUUGCUUUUAAAUAAACAUAUUAAAAAAGUGGGCAUGAACAUUGAAUCAGAUAUUUGGAAACUUGAAAGAGAUUAUGAUAUACAUGUUAUUGAUAUCAUAAAAAAUAGCAUGGAGGACAUUGGAGUGUUAGCUAAUAAAAUAUUAGGCUGUAAGGAAAAUUGGAGCUUAGAGGGUUUGGUCAAGCAUCUUUUUAAUCACAAAAUAAACAAGGAUCCUAUUUUGAGAAAAGGUGAUUGGUCAAAAUAUCCAUUGUCAGAGGAACAAAAAUGUUAUGCAGCAACUGAUGCUUAUGUUUCUUAUAAGGUAUAUGAAAAGUUAGUGAACAUGUGAACAAGUGAUUUGUAAGUGCUGAUUUAUUUAUCAAAUGUUCAGAAAGUCUACUCAAACUAAUUUAUUGUUAUAUUAUUUAUUGAUAUUAAUACAAAUUUCUAUUGAUAACUGUAUUAGUUUAUUUUGAUAGCUAUAUAAUAAAGUUAAUUUUUUAAA